AUGAACUAAGCAACUAUUCCCUUAUUAUUUUUGCAGCAUUUUUUUAUUAUUCUAGCUUGUUUAACAAUAUCUGUCUGGGAAGAUACAUUCAUCUUGCCAUGGGCUAUUGACUACUGAGUAUUGUUGCUACUUCACAAUGGAUUUCAUGCAUCUCCUUUGUAUCUUCUUCAUUUCUGUACUCUCUUGCUCUUAUUUGAUUAGGGGUCAGCAGCCUUACAUCAGAAAAGCUACGACAGCUUGUGGCAGCGCGGACAAGUCAAAUUCUGCACUCGGAUAUACCUGCAAUGGUGUCACCCCUAGAUGCCAAGCUUAUCUCACCUUCAGAUCUCAGCCUCCAUUCACCUCAGUCUCUUCAAUUUCGAGCUUGUUGGCUGCUGAUCCAUCUGAGCUGUCUCAGCUCAAUUCAGUUCCCGAAGACGCUACAUUUGAAACAAAUAAGGUGGUCCUUGUUCCUGUCAACUGCUCCUGCUCAGGCAAGUACUACCAGGUAAACGCGUCUUAUGUUGUACAGAAAGACGAGACCUUUUUUAUCAUUGCUAACAACACUUUUCAAGGCCUCUCGACAUGUCAAGCCCUCCAAGCGCAAAACAAUAAUCUUACAACUAAGAAGUUGUAUGCUGGUACGAGACUUAUCAUUCCUCUGAGGUGUGCUUGUCCGACUAAGAACCAAACUAAUGAUGGUGUGGAUUAUCUGUUAAGUUAUUUGGUUACUUGGGGUCAAUAUGUUGCACUUAUUGGUGAUAUAUUUGGGGCGGAUACUGGCAGGACUCUUGAUGCCAAUGGUUUAUCGGAAGAUGACACAGUUAUCUAUCCUUUUACAACCCUUCUAGUUCCUCUGGAAAAGCCCCCCUCAAGUUCUCAAAUCUUACCAAUUCCAUCACCACCUCCGCCUCCACCAUCUUCACCUGUUUCUUCGUCACAUACUAAGAGUAAAACAUGGAUAUAUGUUGUAGCUGGAGUUCUCGGAAGUCUUGGUCUAUUGUCAGUGAUCGGAGUGGUGGUUUUUUGUUUCUUCUUUCGUAAAACUAAAAGUGGAAGUAAGAAGGAUAUAGAUCCAGUAUUCACCUCAGAAAGUUUUGAGGCACUAGAGAAAUCAACAGAGAAGAAAUUUGAACAAGAAUUUGAUUUCUUGGAAAGUGUAUCCAUUUCUGCUCAGUCCCUCAAAAUCUAUACUUUUAAGGAGCUUGAGUUUGCUACAGAAGGUUUUGAUCUCAGUUCUCUGAUUAAGGGGUCAGUUUAUCGUGGUAGAAUCAAUGGUGAUCUUGCUGCUAUAAAGGAAAUAAACGGAGAUGUAACCAAGGAAAUCAAUAUACUGAACAAGAUCAACCAUUUCAAUAUCAUCCGUCUUUCAGGCGUCGGCUUCAAUGAUGGAACUUGGUAUCUUGUCUAUGAGUUUGCAGUCAACGGACCCUUGUGCGACUGGAUAUAUAACAAUAACACAAGCCAAAAGUUCUUGACAUGGACUCAGCGGAUUCAGAUUGCAUUCGAUGUAGCCACAGGGCUUAAUUAUCUCCAUCGCUAUGCUUCCCCUCCAUACGUCCACAAGGAUAUAAAAAGCAGCAAUAUUCUUCUUGACACUAAUUUAAGGGCCAAAAUUGCCAACCUAAGUUUAGCAAGAUCAGCUGAUGAGGACGGAGAACAUUUUGUCUUGACAAGACACAUAGUCGGAACACAAGGUUACAUGGCUCCAGAGUAUCUAGAGAAUGGGAUGAUCUCCCCAAAGCUCGAUGUUUAUUCAUUUGGCGUUCUUUUGAUGGAAAUGCUUACAGGAAAGGAAGUUUCUUCACUGUACGAAGCAAACUCUGACUUGAGCAAUGCCCUCAGGCCUACUCUUCAGGAGGAAAAUGAAAAAGCGAAUUUAAGCAGUUUCAUGGAUCCUGCACUGGAAGGUAAUUAUCCGACAGAUCAUGCCAUUUUCGUGAUCAGACUAAUAGAUAACUGCAUUAAGAAAGAUCCUUCAGUGCGUCCAGAAAUGGAUGUUAUUGUGCAGAAUCUAUCAAGAACUAUUAAUAGUUCACUCUCCUGGGAACAUACAGGUAACUUCGAAUAGCAAAGUUCGAGUUACAAUUGCAGCUUGCAAGCUGCUGUCAGUUUGUAAAUACAUUGUGUUUCAACUCAUAUGUACUGUACUUAAGAAUCAUGCUUCUUACAUUUACUGGGUAGUUUACUGACGUUUGAUGUUCGAUAAA